UUUAAUCCACUAGCCUCCAAAACUGGACCCCUCUUAAGAUCUCAAUUUGUACACCAAUUUCGACAAAGAAAAGAAUCGAUCUUUUGAGAGGGUGCCAGUUUUUCUUCUGUUCUCCUCCAAUCUUUUUUUCUGGGUUCUUAGUAGAACAAAAAAAAAAAACGUUCUUUAUUUUGUUAGUUUCUUCUCUCUUGUCAAGAUUUUUCCUAAUUUUUGUUUCCCCGGAAAGUUUUCAUUUUUCUGUAUUUUUUUGGGGGAAUUAAGAAUUUUCCAUAAAUGUGGGGAGCAGCCGCAGAACCAGCAGAUUCUUAUUACCAGAUUCGCCCUGAGUGCACCGAUGUCCCCAACACCAGAUUUAAGAUCAAACCUGGUAAAACUCUAAGUGUAAGAAAAUGGCAAGCAGCAUUUACACAGGAAGGAUUUCUCGAUAUUGGCAAGACUCUAAAUCGAAUCCAACGAGGGGGGAUCCAUCCAUCGAUUAGAGGAGAAGUCUGGGAAUUCUUACUUGGUUGUUAUGAUCCAAAGAGCACAUUCGAUGAAAGAGAGCAAAUCCGACAACGUAGAAGAUUGCAGUACGCUUCUUGGAAGCAGGAAUGUAAACAAAUGUUUCCGGUCAUCGGAAGUGGUGGAUUCAUUACAGCACCAGUAAUUACUGAAAAGGGCCAACCCAUUUACGAUCCUCUUGUACUACAAGAAACAAAUCUAGGUGCGAAUUCUGAUUUCUUUAAAGACCUUGCAAGCCGUGGACCUUUGGAUAAGAAAGUAAUCCAAUGGAUGCUAACACUUCACCAGAUAGGUCUUGAUGUAAAUCGCACAGAUAGGACUUUGGUAUUCUAUGAGAAAAAGGAGAAUUUGUCUAAGCUCUGGGAUAUUUUAGCUCUUUACGCCUGGAUAGACAACGAUGUCGGGUAUUGCCAAGGAAUGAGUGAUCUUUGUUCCCCUAUGAUAAUGCUACUUGAAGACGAGGCUGAUGCUUUUUGGUGUUUUGAACGAUUGAUGCGCAGAUUGAGAGGAAAUUUCCGGAGCACGGGAAGAUCAGUUGGAGUUGAAGCACAGCUUACUCAUUUGGCUACAAUCACUCAGAUUAUUGACCCCAAACUCCACCAUCACUUAGAGAAUUUGGGAGGAGGUGACUAUCUCUUUGCGAUUCGGAUGAUAAUGGUUCAGUUCCGAAGAGAGUUCUCGUUUUGCGACUCUUUGUACCUUUGGGAGAUGAUGUGGGCAUUAGAGUAUGACCCUGAGAUGUAUUCACUGUACGAGGAGCCCGAGUUCGAGGGAGAGAAAACCGAAGGUUCCUCCAAAGGUAGACCCAAGUCGAUAAACCAAUGCGGGAAAUAUGAAAGAGAGAACAUGAAGAACGGUGGGAAAAACGCAGAAGGUCCUUUGCCUAUUUCGGUUUUCUUAGUGGCUAGUGUUUUGAAAGACAGGAGUUCUAAGCUCAUGACCGAAGCUCGAGGACUUGAUGACGUUGUUAAGAUCUUAAACGACAUAACCGGAAACUUGGAUGCUAAAAAAGCCUGUUCUGGUGCAAUGAAACUUCACAAGAAGUAUCUAAAAAAGGCCAAGAAAUAGCAUUGGAGAAGAUUCACGGGUAGAGUUUUUGUAUAUUAUUAUACAGAUUUGAUAACUCACAAAAUCCGGCGAUGUAGAGUUACUGGUCAGAAAUUUACGAUUCCUUUGGUGGCAAGCUUUCUUAAACAACAAAAAAAAAACAUGGAGACCUAACUUACACAACAACUUUUCGUUGUAAAAGUGUUCAUACAAAUUCAUGUUGUAAUAUUGAUAUAACAAACCAUGUGUUUUGUUAUGUAUUACCAAAACAAAAAGAAGAGGAAAAAGCACGAACACAAAUUAUCUUACUCCUCUGUUUUGAACUCAAAUGAUGUAUAUAUAAGUCGGAUUAUGUAAACAAUGAUGAAAUAUUUGAAUUCCAAAAUAGAAAUGAGGAUAUGUUCAUAAGAAAAUGUAUUGCAACGUAUCCUCAUUGUCUGUUAUUUUUACUUAUGACGCAACAUGAAAAGAAGAGA